AUGCUGAGCUCAGUCUGCGUCUCGUCCUUCCGCGGGCGCCAGGGGGCCAGCAAGCAGCAGCCGGCGCCACCGCCGCAGCCCCCCGAGUCCCCGCCGCCGCUGUCCCCGCAGCCACUGCCGCUGCCGCCUCCACCGCAGCAGCAGCAGCAACAACAGCAGGCUGAGCAGCCCGGCCCCGCCGCGUCCCCGGCGGGUCCCCCGGCACCCCGCGGGCCCGGGGGCCGGCGUGCCGAGCCAUGCCCCGGGCUGCCGGCGGCGGCCAUGGGGCGGCACGGCGGCGGCGGUGGCGACAGCGGCAAGAUCGUGAUCAACGUGGGCGGCGUGCGCCAUGAGACGUACCGCUCGACGCUGCGCACCCUGCCGGGGACGCGGCUGGCCGGCUUGACCGAGCCUGAAGCGGCUGCACGUUUUGACUACGACCCCGGAGCGGACGAGUUCUUCUUCGAUCGGCACCCGGGCGUCUUCGCCUACGUGCUCAAUUACUACCGCACCGGCAAGCUGCACUGCCCGGCCGACGUUUGCGGGCCGCUCUUCGAGGAGGAGCUCGGCUUCUGGGGCAUCGACGAGACCGACGUGGAGGCCUGCUGCUGGAUGACCUACCGGCAGCACCGGGACGCCGAGGAGGCGCUCGAUUCCUUCGAGGCGCCCGACCCAUCGGGUUCCGCCAACGCCACCAAUGCCGCGGGCGCCCACGAGGCGGGCCUGGACGACGAGGCGGGCGCGGGCGGCGGUGGCCUGGACGGAGCUGGCGGCGAGCUCAAGCGCCUCUGCUUCCAGGACGCGGGCGGCGGUGCCGGGGGACCGCCAGGGGGCGCGGGCGGCGCGGGCGGCACGUGGUGGCGCCGCUGGCAGCCCCGAGUGUGGGCGCUCUUCGAGGACCCCUACUCAUCGCGGGCCGCCAGGUAUGUAGCCUUUGCCUCGCUGUUCUUCAUCCUCAUCUCCAUCACCACCUUCUGCCUGGAGACGCAUGAGGGCUUCAUCCACAUUAGCAACAAGACGGUGACACAGGCCUCCCCGAUCCCUGGGGCUCCCCCGGAAAACAUCACGAACGUGGAGGUGGAGACGGAGCCCUUCCUGACCUACGUGGAGGGGGUGUGCGUGGUCUGGUUCACCUUUGAGUUCCUCAUGAGGAUCACCUUCUGCCCUGACAAGGUGGAAUUUCUCAAGAGCAGCCUGAACAUCAUUGACUGUGUCGCGAUCCUUCCUUUCUACCUGGAGGUGGGCCUGUCGGGCCUCAGCUCCAAAGCGGCCAAGGACGUGCUGGGCUUCCUGCGCGUCGUGCGCUUUGUGCGAAUCCUGCGUAUCUUUAAGCUGACCCGACACUUUGUGGGUCUGCGGGUGCUGGGCCACACGCUCCGGGCCAGCACCAAUGAGUUCCUGCUGCUUAUCAUCUUCCUGGCGUUGGGGGUCCUCAUCUUUGCCACCAUGAUCUACUACGCUGAGCGCAUUGGCGCCGACCCCGAUGACAUCCUGGGCUCUAACCACACGUACUUCAAGAACAUCCCCAUCGGCUUCUGGUGGGCUGUGGUCACCAUGACAACCCUAGGCUAUGGAGACAUGUAUCCCAAGACGUGGUCAGGGAUGCUGGUCGGGGCACUCUGUGCGCUGGCGGGGGUGCUGACCAUCGCCAUGCCUGUGCCCGUCAUUGUCAACAACUUCGGCAUGUACUAUUCCCUGGCCAUGGCCAAGCAGAAGCUGCCCAAGAAGAAGAACAAACACAUCCCUCGUCCGCCACAACCUGGCUCACCGAACUACUGCAAGCCAGACCCACCCCCGCCACCCCCGCCCCAUCCUCAGCAUGGUAGUGGUGGCAUCAGCCCCCCACCACCCAUCACCCCGCCCUCCAUGGGGGUGACUGUGGCUGGGGCCUACCCGCCAGGGCCCCACACGCACCCUGGGCUGCUCAGGGGAGGCGCAGGGGGACUGGGGAUCAUGGGGCUGCCUCCUCUGCCGGCCCCUGGUGAGCCCUGCCCGCUGGCUCAGGAGGAAGUAAUUGAGAUCAACAGAGCAGUUGAUCCCCGCCCCAAUGGGGAUCCAGCAGCAGCUGCACUGGCCCAUGAGGACUGCCCUGCCAUUGACCAGCCCGCCAUGUCCCCAGAGGACAAGAGCCCUGUCACACCUGGAAGCCGGGGCCGCUACAGCCGAGACCGAGCCUGCUUCCUCCUCACAGACUACGCCCCAUCGCCUGAUGGCUCCAUCCGGAAAGGUUACGAGAAAUCCCGCAGCCUGAGCAGCAUCGCGGGCCUGAGUGGGGUGUCGCUGCGCCUCGCGCCCCUUGCCACCCCCCCUGGCUCUCCCCGGGCCGCCCGCCGCGCUCCCCCAACCCUGCCCUCCAUCCUUUAG